AUGACUGACAAAGAUGGUGUUGCAAUAAUAAAAUCUGUAACAAAUAAUGCAUCCAUUAAAACAUUUGAGCAUAUAUUAUCAGCGACUUUUGGAGUUAUCAGUGACCAGGCAUCGAAAUUAGGAUUAAAAGAAAAUAAAUCUAUAAUUAGCCUUUAUGGAAUUUAUCAAGUCAUACAAUUUAAUCACGCACCAUUAAUUACUAUUUUAAUUGCUGAUUCUGAAGCAAACACUGGCGUAUUAUUAGAUCUUGGAAAUGAAUUAAAAGAAAUAGCAGAUUUAAUAUCUGCAACAUUAAUUGAAAGACAAACAUCAGCAACAUAG